AUGGCAGUCAACUGCAUCCCCAUGGCCUCAAGCCACUAUCCCCACUUCAAUCAACACAGUCAAGAUCGACAAAACGUGGGGACAAUGGGCAACAACAACCCAUAUGCCCGCUACAUUUCACCAGCACCAUCAGCCUACUCUCGACGAUCACGCUCCGAGUCUCUGAACUCUGCGCCUUCCAUCUGGUAUUCCGGCACACCCGAACAUCAUCCGGUGGAGCCGAGACGCAAAAGAGAGCAUUCUGCUCCCCAUCGUCGCCACAACAAGUACCCCCGUCACUCACAGCUUGUGCAACCCGAUAUCAUCGACAGACUGGACAAUGUGACCAAUUUCUCCUAUCACCACGAGGGCCCGUACGACGCUGCCCGCCCUGAACGAAACCGCUACGUUCAAUCCAGCCCGCUCGAGGCUGUCAAAGAGUCAAACGCCGAGGCUCUCCGGGCAACUCCCCACCACAAGAUCGCCGACGCCGUAAACAGUCACCGGCCCCUCGAUGGCGUGGCCUUCUACCCUCCUGGAACCACGGACCGCAACGGCCAGGAGUACUCUUACGAAGAGGGCUCGAACAUGAUGAAUGAUUUUGCUGGUAACUUUAUGCGCAUGCCUGGAAUGAAAUUCACCGAUGAGGACUUCAAGAACGAUCCCUUCUACAACCGUCCGCUGGUGAACCCGUUCUCUGAACUACGAAAGAAAAUCAGUUUGAAACUCAAGAAACGACGCAACACUAAUUAA